AUGUCAGAGGAGAAAAGAAGAUUCCAAAAAGAACUCGAAGCUUUUGCUCAUGCUGCAAGUAGGGUUUCCAAAAGAAUCGAUGAACUUUCUUGCGAAAAAAUCAUGGCUGAAGUCCAAAAGAAGCUGCAAUUAGAACAACCAGCUGAAACUCUUCAAAAACAAGAACGAUCGAAAAGCCCAACACCUUUUCUUUCAGUGAAAAAUGAAGAAAAAAUCAACGAAGAAAGUGACAAAAAAGCAAAAAUCACUUCUGAAAACCAUUUUUCCUCGCAGAUUUGUCCUGAGCCCCCUUCUGAACCGUCUCCGACAGAAUUCGUGAACACCAUUCUUGCUGAAAUCGGAAUUCAAAGUGGCGAAAAAAUCCAUUUCUCGAAAUUUCCCCUAAUUGAGGAUCUUCUCGACCUCCCAAGUCCGAUACGAAGAAUCAAAUACAACAAGCAAACCCAACAAUACACCAUCCUGAUGAAAUAA